AUGCUUAGAUUAGGAUCAAACCUUAGAGUUGCUUGCACAAGAGCACUUCCUCGCAACCAGAUCCUCAGGACUUUGGCCACAGAGGUUCACGCCAACACCAAGGGAGAGCCAAUUGACAAGGAAACAGUCAGAGUGGAACUUCCAGCUGAUUCCUUCGAGGGUUACAUGUUGGACCCACCAGAAUUGACAUACGAUACCGAAAAAAGCCGGUUGGUCAAGAUGUACAAGGAUAUGGUUACCAUUAGAAGAAUGGAAAUGUCUGCCGAUGGUUUGUACAAGGCUAAGAAGAUCAGAGGUUUUUGCCACAUGUCCACUGGUCAGGAGGCUAUUGCUGUUGGUAUUGAGAAUGCCAUCACCAAGCAGGACGAUAUUAUCACGUCUUACAGAUGUCACGGUUUCACAUACAUGAGAGGUGCUUCCGUCAAGGAGGUCAUGGGUGAGUUGAUGGGUAAGAGAUGCGGUGUUUCGUACGGUAAAGGUGGUUCCAUGCAUAUGUACGGCAAGGGAUUCUACGGUGGUAACGGUAUUGUUGGUGCCCAAGUUCCUUUGGGUACUGGUUUGGCUUUUGCUCAUCACUACAGAGGUGACAAGAACUGUUGCUUCACAUUGUACGGUGAUGGUGCGGCCAACCAAGGUCAGGUUGCCGAAUCUUUCAACAUGGCCAAGUUGUGGAACCUUCCUGUGGUCUAUGCCUGUGAAAACAACAAAUACGGUAUGGGUACCUCCAUCCAGAGAUCUUCUGCUCUGACCGAUUACUACAAGAGAGGUCAGUACAUUCCAGGUUUGAAGGUCAAUGGUAUGAACAUCCUGGCCACCUAUCAGGCAGCCAAAUUCGCCAAGGACUGGGUUGCUCAAGGUAAGGGACCAUUGGUUAUUGAGUUUGAAACCUACAGGUACGCUGGUCACUCUAUGUCUGACCCAGGUACCUCUUACAGAACUAGGGAAGAGGUCAAGUCUGUCAGAUCCAAGAGAGAUCCUGUUGCUCACUUGAAGCAGCACAUGAUCGACUGGGGUAUUGCAACUGAGAAGGAGGUUAAGCAGUUCGACAAGGACGCUAGAGCAUACGUCGACUCCCAGGUUAAGGAGGCUGAUGCUGCUCCUGCACCAGAGGCUAAGAUGGAUAUCUUGUUUGAGGAUGUCUACGUUCCUGGCAGUGAGAUUCCUGUCUUGAGAGGCAGAAUUAGAGAAGACUCUUGGUCAUUUGCCAAGAAGGGCUUUGCUUACAGGUAA